GACACUCAGGCAGUGUGUCAGAGUGUGUGUGUGUUUCACGCUGAGGGACUGGUGUGUGUGUGUACAGAAGAAUCAGUAAUGAUGAAGUGCUUGUAUCUUUUGUCUGUCGUGUUUCACGUGGCUGCAGGCUGUGAGCUGGUGAAGAAGGCAGAGGUAGAGGACAUGACUGUGUUCACAGGAGAGUCUGUAGUUCUGCCCUGUGUCUGCACUGACCUACAGAACAAACCAAAGUCUCUAAAAUGGGAGUUUUCAAUACCAACAGAAUCUAAUAGCAAUCAUUAUCAGGAAAUUUACCCUGAACAGACUGGACAUCACAGAAACAGAGUCAAACUGGUCAGUAAAAACUCUCCAGGAAACCUCUCUCUACUCCUAUCAGACCUGACUGAAGAGGACCAGGGAAACUACAGAUGUUCUGUACAGGCAGAGAGAAAAGAUUUCAGACUAAAUGUUAAAGUAGGAAGAAGAGAAACUUCAACACACUCGGGGAAAACAGACAGAAGACCUCCAUCAGAACAGCCUCCAAGUAAAACAACUAACUCUCCACCUUCAUCAUCCUCAACAACACUGGAACAAGAUAAACAACAAACUCACAGCAGUCUCCCUCUGGGAGGACGAUGUGGAGAGAAGGUGACUACUGAAGGAUGUCUGGACUAUAAGAUAAAGCAGGAGGAUCAGGUAUGA